UUAACAACACUAAUAUUAUGAUUACAAAUGUAUUAACAUAAAACAUUAGCAAUGGAGAACAUUUUAAUCACGACUUACAAAUUACAAUAUAAUAAUUACUCGGCCAAAUGGCCCAUGGGCCUUAACUCUUAGCCCAUUUUUCUCAUCUGUGGGCUUACGAUUCUGCAUUCCUUCGAUCCAAAAUGAUCUGACAGUCGACAGACGCAAAUUAACCGCGCUUGUUAAGCUAAAUCACACUCCAGAAGCGCAAUUUAGCACAGAUCCCAACCUUCGGGGAAGAUCAGAAGAAGAAGAAGUCCGCCAUUUCCCAACUCAGAGCUCUGAACUUCACGGCGCUCGCUUGCUCCGACGACGGCGAUACUCUCCAUUUUUCACAGGAAGGAGAUAUUCUGCGAUUUCCAGUCCGCCGGAAUGGCGAGUUCGCUGCGGCUGUAUUUGACGUGCAUUAGGAACACCCUAGAGGCGGCCAUGUGCCUACAGAAUUUCCCUUGUCAAGAAGUCGAGAGGCAUAACAAGCCAGAGGUUGAACUAAAGACAAGCUCUGAACUUCUGCUGAAUCCUGUUUUGAUAUGUCGAAAUGAGGCUGAAAGAUGCUUAAUAGAAACAUCAAUCAAUUCAUUGCGUCUAAGCCUUAAGGUGAAGCAGGCUGAUGAACUUGAAAACAUAUUGACGAAGAAGUUCCUUCGAUUUCUGUCGAUUAGGGCAGAAGCAUUUCAAGUGCUGAGGCGAAAGCCGAUACAGGGUUAUGAUAUAAGCUUUCUUGUUACAAACUACAAUUGUGAGGAAAUGCAGAAGCAAAAGCUCAUAGAUUUCAUUGUGCAAUUCAUGGAGGAUAUUGACAAGGAGAUCAGUGACCUGAAAAUGUCGGUGAACACCAGAGGGAGGCUUGUAGCUACAGAGUUCCUGAAGCAGUUCCUUUGAUCAUUUACCGAAUUCCUUGUUCUGGAUUGCACCGCCGCCAUUCAACUUGAUCCUCACAAGCAUGUGGCCUCGUUCAAGCUCAGAUUCAAUCCGGUAAAAUCAGUAAAUCCAGAACCGCGAUAUAAAAUUUUCCCAUGCUCUAUAUCUCGAGAAUCAUGUAACCUAGGAUCAGAAGCAUGUAAUUAAUUUAAGGAGAGUAUACGAUUUUUUUUAUUACUGUGUUUGGAUCUCUCUGAUCAACCAAAUCAUGUUAGUUUGAGAAGUGCUGGGACAUCGAAUCCGGUCUCUUUCUUCAACCUUCCUUUUUUGUUGGAUGUCCUGAUGAAUCAACAUCAUUUGGAACUGAUAUCACGAGUUGAAAAGGAUACUCACGUAUUCAGUUGUGUCCAUCGCCGCAGAUUAGCCUCUUCUUUCCUGCUUUGCACUGUGGAAUCACAGGAAAUAUGUGUGUUGUUUUUGCCCCAGAUUGAAUGUAUAACUGAUAAAGAUUUUCAGUAGAGCUUAGGUUUUUUGGUUAUGUAAAUGAAUAACCAUAAGCCUGAUUUUGUUUUGUUUUCCGCUUGUAGGGUUCAUGCGCCUUAUUUUAUAAUGGAUGUGAUCCAUUGUUUGCAAGUACUCCUUGUAUUAGAGGAGUACUGAAUGGCUAUAUGUUUGAACAAAGAAUUUGGCUUUUUCUGUCCAACGAUAUAUCCGAUUUGUGAUCGAACCGACUGUGGUUAGGGUUCAUGCACCUUCUUUAUGGUUCGAUUAUCCUAACCGUAAACCAUUAUAAACCGAAAUCCGAAGUAACCAAUUGUCCAAUCCAAAAUCGAAAUCAUUAAAAAAUUUAUUGGUUUCGGUCAGAUUUAGCCGAAAAAGUCAAAACCAAACAUUUGAUUGCGUUAAGGCUUAUCAACUUUUAUCGUCUCAUUAAUUAUUUUCGGUUUUAACCCAAAAAUUUAACAGUUUAUCGGUCUUUACCCGCUAAGGGACACCAAUAAGCCUAUAAAACCAUCUCGAUUUCUAUUAAAAUCGAAAAAUGAAAAUAAAUCGACACCCUUGAUCAGCAGCACAUCACACAUACCUUAAUCCAACAGUCAAGUCGUUCAAUUGCAUGAAGACAUGGUGGUGGGUACAUGCCACCUUGAUUGGGACUAGCUUCCAUGGUUGGUUUUCUUUUUUUCAACUAACCAUCAUCAAAUUUUUAUCAUAUUUGUCUACUUUUCUUGUGGUUAUAUGAUUCUUAGGAGUUUGAUAAUCUAUAUUUUGUUCUAAUUUGGUUGAUGAUUGGUCCAAAUGUAUGAUCAGGUUAGCAGCUUGGACCCUUUCUAGUACAAUAAUAAUGGUGAAAGGUUGGUUCAUGUCCAAUAUCUAGACAAAUUAUGUGUGAGUUGUCACAUAUUGAAUUGUAAUGUAAUUUUUCUUUUUUUUUGUUGUUGAUAAUAUUGUAUUGUUAUGCACCCCAAUUAUUCGUUUUUUUCCAUUUUAUUUAAUUAACUCCAAAAGGAAACCCACUGGAGAGCACCACGUGUACUGCUGAUUGCUGUUUAACUGUUAAAUAUUCCCCCUUUUGUUUCCUUCUACUUUUGUAAAGGGAAAAAGAGAUUACACCUGAGACGUGACAAUGAUCUUUCUGGGAAAAUCCUCCUCCUGGGUGUUUUAUGGCAAUUUCUGAUUUGUAAUUUGUUAGGUUAAUUAUGAUGAUUUGUCGUAAUUAAUUAUGCGUUUGAAGCAGAGUUUUCAACUCACUCUUUUGUGAAGGAAAUGGAGGCGUGAAGAAUUUUCACUCUUUUGCUUGUCUAGUUGAACUUGGAAUCUUUAGAUAGCAUUGAGAGCAUAUGAUUGAUGAUGCUAGCGGGGGUCUUGAUUUGAACAAUGUAUCAUUUCUUCAAGUGUGAGGCAAAAUUUUUGUAUCGUGUCUUGAUUCGAAAACGAGGGUAGGGACAUGUCUUUGAUCUAUAUUUGAAGGAUCAGAAUUAUACGAGGCAUUAGUACAGUGCCUUAAUAUAAAGGUGUCAAAUACCAAAUAUUUUUGGGUUGUCUAAAAGCGGACAAUAUCGCACAUUGGAGCGUCUGAUUUCAACAAGUAGUAUCGAAAUCUGAUUUUCAAGUUUGGUGAUGGUGCAACAGACUUUAGUUGUGUGUGAACUCUCGUUCUGUGAUCUCGAGAUUUGAGAUAUGCAUCUGUAUGAAAGAUCAAACGAAAAUUUACAUAUGAGAAUUUCAUAAUUUCAUGUGUUGAAAAGUUCGAGAUUUUUAACUGGAGAGAACAAUUAAAGUAUUACAUAAAAAAUAGACAUUUUAAAAAGGUAUCUGAUAACAAAUUUAUGCGAAAAGUUGAAAAAAAUAUUACUAAUGUGGAGCAUCUAGUUUUACACUCAAGUUUGUGUGAAGCCUUCUUCUCAAAACUGAAAUCAAAGAUGUGACACUCAAAGGGGAAAUAGUAAUUUUAUCCUUUGCAUUUUUUUUUUGUUAAAUGAAACUCGGGCCACAUAUUUAUAUAUUUAUCUAUCUAAAAUGGUACUUAAGAUAAGUUUAUUCAUGGGUCCAAAAUUCUUGUGACGUUUAAAUAUAUCCCUAACAACUACUUGUUUUGGAACCUUAUAUAUUAUUGUGCGACAUGACUGCUAUUGGAGGAAUAUUCUAAAAAAUUUUAUUAUUAUUUUAUUGUUUAAAUUGAUACCUAUGUGUUAUUUUUCAUAAAAAACGAAUGUUUCAUUUUAAACUUAUAUAAAAUGCAGAGCUAUUUUCUUUUUGAUAAUUUUUCUAAAAUCCAAAACAUUAUAUGUAUUUUAUAGCAUUAAACUUGACUCGAAUCCACUCUUUCACAAAAAAAUUCAUUAAGACAC